AUGCCUGGUGGGUACAAAAGGGAAUGUGGGGACGAUGUGGAUCCCCUGCCUUUCCUGGCACCUCCCGACAAGCAGAGGAUUGAAGCCAUGAACAAACCCUAUGACAUUAAGGGGUCCUGCUGGGUCAAAGACGAGAAGGAGGGCUUCAUGCCUGGGGAGAUCCAGUCUGAACAGGGUGACCAAGUCACUGUGAAGACCAUCACCAACCAGACGCUCACCAUGAAGAAGGAUGAUAUCCAGCAGGUGAAUCUGCCCAAAUUCUACCAGGUCAGUGACAUGGCAGACAUGACCUUCCUGAAUGAGGCCAGUGUCCUGGACAACCUGCACCAGCGCUAUGUCAACAUGAGGAUCUAUACCUACUCAGGCCUGUUCUGCAUGACAGUCAACCCCUACAGGUGGCUGCCCAUCUAUGGGGCUCGCGUGGCCAACAUGUACAAGGGCAAGAAGCGCACGGAGAUGCCACCCCACCUCUUCUCCAUCUCUGACAACGCCUACCACGACAUGCUCAUGGAGCAUGAAAAUCAGUCUAUGCUAAUCACUGGAGAAUCCGGCGCUGGCAAGACUGAGAACAUGAAGAAGGUGAUCCAGUACUUCGCCAACAUUGGAGGGACUGGCAAGCAGUCCUCCGAUAAGAAAGGAUCCCUGAAGGAUCAAAUCAUCCAGGCCAACCCCGUGCUGGAGGCCUUCGGGAACGCCAAGACUACCAGGAACAACAACUCCUCUCGCUUCGGCAAGUUCAUCCGGAUCCAUUUCGGAACUACAGGCAAACUGGCUGGAGCCGACAUCGAGAGCUAUCUCUUAGAGAAAUCUCGUAUCAUCUCACAGCAAGCAGCCGAGAGAAGCUAUCACAUUUUCUACCAGAUUGUCUCAAACAAGAAGCCUGAACUUGUUGAGAGCUUGCUGCUGGUCCCCAAUGCUAAGCAAUACCACUGGGUGAGCCAAGGUGUCACUGUGGUGGACAACAUGGACGACAGGGAGGAGCUGCAGAUCACAGACGACGCCUUCGACGUGCUGGGUUUCAGCGCCGAGGAGAAGAUGGGCGUCUAUAAGCUGACUGGGGGCAUCAUGCACUUUGGGAACAUGAAGUUCAAGCAGAAGCCCAGAGAGGAGCAAGCUGAAGUGGACACCACUGAGGUGGCUGACAAAGUCGCGCAUCUCAUGGGUCUCAAUUCCGGCGAACUCCAGAAGGGCAUCACCAGGCCCCGGGUCCAAGUGGGCAAUGAGUUUGUGCAAAAAGGCCAGAACAUGGAGCAGUGCCAGAACUCCAUCGGGGCCCUGGGCAAGGCUGUCUACGACAAGAUGUUCAAGUGGCUGGUGGUCAGGAUUAACAAGACCUUGGACACCAAGAUGCAGAGGCAGUUCUUCAUCGGGGUGCUGGACAUCGCUGGCUUUCAGAUCUUUGAGUUCAACAGCAUUGAGCAACUGUGCAUCAACUUCACCAACGAGAAGCUGCAGCAGUUCUUCAACCACCAUAUGUUUGUGCUGGAGCAGGAAGAGUACAAGAGGGAGGGCAUCGAGUGGGUCUUCAUCGACUUUGGCCUCCACCUACAGGCCUGCAUUGACCUCCUGGAAAAGCCCAUGGGCAUCUUCUCCAUCCUGGAGGAACAGUGUGUCUUCCCCAAAGCCACGGAUGCCACAUUCAAGGCAGUCCUGUAUGACAACCACUUGGGCAAGUCCAGCAACUUUCUUAAGCCCAAAGGGGGCAAGGGCAAGGGGCCCGAGGCCCACUUCGAGCUCAUCCACUACGCAGGCACUGUGGGCUACAACAUCACAGGCUGGCUGGAGAAGAAUAAAGGUCCCCUGAAUGAAACAGUGGUGGGCUUGUUCCAGAAAUCGUCUAUGGGACUCCUGGCCCUUCUCUUCAAAGAAGAGGAGGCUCCAGCUGGAACCAAGAAACAGAAGAGAGGGUCUUCCUUCUUGACAGUCUCCAACUUCUAUAGGGAGCAGCUGAACAAGCUGAUGGCCACCCUCCACAGCACCGCCCCCCAUUUUGUCCGCUGCAUUGUCCCCAAUGAGUUUAAGCAAUCAGGUGUGGUGGAUGCUCACCUGAUCAUGCACCAACUGGCUUGCAACGGUGUCCUGGAAGGCAUCCGUAUUUGCAGGAAGGGCUUCCCAAACAGGCUGCAGUACCCAGAGUUCAAACAGAGGUACCAAGUGCUGAACCCCAACGUGAUUCCCCAGGGGUUCGUGGAUAACAAGAAAGCCUCGGAGAUGCUUCUUGGGUCCAUCGGCCUGGACAUAAAUGAAUACAAAAUUGGGCAUACCAACGUGUUCUUCCGUGCGGGCAUCCGGGCCAAGCUUGAGGACAUGCGGGACGAGCGUCUGGCCAAGAUCAUGACGAUGCUGCAGUGUCGGCUCCGGGGUUUCCUCAUUAGGGUCAAGUUUAAGAAGAUGCUGGAACGAAGAAUUGGCCUGAAAGUCGUUCAGCAGAACAUGCGCAAGUUCCUGCAGCUGCAUUUCUGGGGCUGGUGGAAGCUCUACAACAAGGUCAAGCCACUCCUGAAUGUGGCUCGGCAAGAGGAGGAGAUGAAAGCCAAGGAGGAGGAGCUCAGAAGUGCCAUGGCCAAGACCCAGGAGCUGCUCAACAAAGUCAAGGAACUGGAGGAGAAGAUGGCCACAUUCAGCCAGGAGAAGAAUGACCUCACCAUCCAACUGCAGGCUAUAUGUGGGGAGCAAGAGAACUUGAUGGAUGCAGAGGAGUGCCUGACCCAAAUGAUGAAGACCAAGAUGGAGCUGGAGAGGCAGAUCGCAGACAUGUGGGAGCGGCUGGAGGAGGAAGAGGGCACAGCAGCCUCGCUGAGCACUGCCAAGCGCAGGCUGGAGGGGGAGCUGAGUGACCUGAAGAGGGACCUAGAGGGCCUGGAAACCACGCUGGCCAAGACAGAGAAGGAGAAGCAGGCCCUGGAUCACAAGGUCCGCGCCCUGAGCGGGGACCUCUCGCUCCGUGAAGACUCUAUUGCCAAACUCCAGAAGGAGAAGAGGGCCCUGGAGGAGCUGCACCAGAAAACCCUGGAUGACCUGCAAGCUGAGGAGGACAAGGUGAACCACCUCACCAAGAACAACAGCAAGCUGAGCACCCAGAUCCAUGAGCUGGAGGAUAACUGGGAGCAGGAAAAGAAAAUCCGGGCAGAGGUGGAAAAGGCUCACCGGAAAGCUGAGAGCGACUUGAAGAUGACCACCAACAACCUCAAUGAGAUGGAGCGCUCCAAGAUGGAUCUCGAGGAAGUGGUGAAAAAGAGAGACAUGGAAAUAAAUUCUAUCAAUUCUAAACAUGAGGAUGAGCAGUCUCUGAACUCCACACUGCAGCGGAAACUAAAGGGACACCAGGCCCGAAUUGAAGAGCUGGAGGAAGAACUGGAAGCUGAGAGGGCAAUGAGAGCCAAGGUGGAGAAACAACGCAGCGACCUGUCCCGGGACCUCAAAGACCUCAGCGACAGGCUGGAGGAAGCUGGUGGAGCCACAUCUGCUCAGAUUGAGCAGAACCGCAAGCAGGAGGCCAAGCUGCUGAAGCUGCGGCGUGAGCUGGAGGAGGCGGCCCUGCAGAGCGAGGCCACAGCCUCCACGCUGCGCAAGAAGCACACAGACUCCAUGGCCGAGCUGACGGAGCACAUGGAGAGCCUACAGAGGAUCAAGUCCAAGCUGGAGAAGGACAAGCAGGUGAUGAAGGCUGAGAUCGACGACCUCAAUGCCAGCGUGGAGACGAUGCAGAAGUCCAAGCUGAAUGCAGAGGCCCACGUCAGAAAGCCGGAAGACAGCUUAUCAGAAGUCAACGCCAAGGUGGCAGAGCUGGAGAGAAACCAGGCAGAAAUCAAUGCCAUUAGGACCCGCCUCCAAGCUGAAAAUAGUGAACUGAGCCGGGAACAUGAAGAAUCCCAGAGUCGGCUCAAUCAAAUCCUACGGAUAAAGACAUCUCUGACAUCGCAAGUGGAUGAUUACAAGAGGCAGCUGGAUGAAGAGUCGAAGUCCCGCAGCACAGCCGUGGUGAGCCUUGCCAACACCAAGCACGACCUGGACCUGCUAAAGGAGCAGCUGGAAGAGGAGCAGGGGGGCAAGUCAGAGCUGCAGCGCUUGGUGUCCAAGCUCAACACUGAAGUGACCAGCUGGAGGACCAAGUACGAGACCGAUGCCAUCCAGAGGACUGAGGAGCUGGAGGAGACCAAUUGUCCAAUUAAUUUCUUUCUAUUUUUUCAGCUCGGAGAGGGAGGACAGAGUGUGCAUGAACUGCAGAAGUUGAAGAAAAAAUUGGAGAUUGAGAAGGAAGAACUCCAGGUGGCCCUGGAAGAAGCUGAGUCUUCCCUAGAGGUUGAAGAGAGCAAGGUGAUCCAAAUUCAGUUGGAACUGGCUGAGGUCAAAGCUGAUAUUGACCGGAGAAUCCAUGAGAAAGAAGAAGAAUUUGAAGCUACGAGGAAGAACCACCAGCGGGCAAUCGAGUCCUUGCAGGCCAGCCUGGAGGCAGAGGCCAAGGGCCAGGCAGAGGCGCUACAGCUCAAGAAGAAGAUGGAAACGGACCUGAAUGAGAUGGAAAUCCAGCUGGACCAUGCCAAUAAGAACAACAGCGAACUUGUGAAGACACUGAAAAGGCUGCAACAGCAAAUCAAGGACCUGCAGGUCCAGAUGGAUGAGGAUGCCCGGCAGCAUGAGGAGCUACGGGAGCAGUACAACCUGCAGGAGCGGCGCCUGAGCCUGCUGCAGACGGAGCUGGAAGAGGUGCGCUCAGCCCUGGAGGGCAGCGAGCGCUCCCGCAAGCUGCUGGAACAGGAGGUGGUGGAGAUCACUGAGAGGCACAAUGAGGUCAACAUCCAGAACCAAAGCCUCCUGGUGGUCAAGCGCAAGCUGGAGUCAGAUGUCCAGCGCAUCUCCAAUGAGCACAAGGAGCUCAUCAGUGAGUUCCGUUCUGCUGAUGAGAGGGCCAAGAAGGCCAUGACAGACGCUGCCCGCAUGGCAGAAGAGCUCCGGCAAGAGCAGGACCACUGCAUGCACCUGGAGAAAAUCAAGAAGAACUAUGAGGUCACUAUCAAAGACCUGCAGGCCAAGAUGGAGGAGGCUGAGCAGCUGGCCCUGAAAGGAGGGAAGCGCAUGAUCAUCAAGCUGGAGGCCAGGAUCAAGGAACUAGAGACAGAGCUGGACGGGGAGCAGAAACAGCACGUGGAGACGGUUAAGACGCUGCGCAAGAAUGAGCGCCGCCUCAAAGAGCUGGUGUUCCAGAUGGAGGAGGACCACAAGACCAACCAGCUCGUGCAGGAGCUGGUGGAGAAGCUGCAGAACAAGCUGAAGGUCUACAAGCGGCAGAUCGAGGAGGCGGAGGAGCAGGCCAACCAGACCUUGGCUCGGUACAGGAAGACAGUGCAUGAGCUGGAUGAUGCUGAGGAGCGGGCCGGCAUGGCAGAGACUGCCCUGAACAAGCUGCGCACCAGACACCGUGUGGCCGGCAAGGGUAUCACCUCCGUGGAGAUCAUCCAGGUGCCUAAGACAGGCUCUUCCAAAACCCUCUCUGAGGAAUGA